AUGGACAUCAAGAAGAGAUGGUCACCACCAAUGCCUUCUCUUGUGCUCCUGCUCGUCGUCCUCAUUGCAGCAGACAGCCGCGCCGCGGCGCAGGUGUUCUGCCGCUCGCAGUUCAACCUGGCCAACGAGGCCUGCAGCCUGCGCCCCUUCUCCGGGCCCAACCCGGCGCAGCCGCUGCAGCUGCACAGCAACGGCUCAUCGGCUUCAGCAGCGUCCUACGAGACGCAGGCGGACCACCACGAGCACGGGCACGAGCACAGCCACGAGCACGAGCACGAGCACGAGCGCGAGCACACCCACAGCCGGCGGCAUGGCUUCGGGCACGGCGGCCGCGACCCCUACGACACCGCUUGCUGCCGCCGCCUCAUGGGCAUCGACAACGCCUGCAUCUGCCAGACCAUGUCCUUCCUCCCCGUCUUCAUGAGCAAGGUCAAGCACGCCAUCAAGCUCAGCCCCGUCCCGGGCUGCGACGUCUCCUUCGAGUGUGGCGCCGUCUACUGA